AUGAACGAGUUGCGAAUCCACACACAAAUCCACAGCCGCUACCAAGUCUGUGACGCCUCAGGCCAGCUGCCAUUCGGCAUAGUCUUCGGCCUCUGUCGUCGGUCACCAGCUGAUACUGACCCUCGACCAUUACUCCUCGAGAUUUCAGGCUCGGUACUGGAUGUCCCAUAUGCGCUGGCACAUGGCUUGCUUACCCUACACGAACAAGAUCCCGAAGACGCUAAGCGGUGGGUUGAAGUCGAUCUUAGCCGACUGAAGAAAGUCGCCGCGAAAGAGGCAGAGUGCCUUUCCCUGCCAUCCCCGGUCAACAGGACGGAGCACUGGAGAGAUGCUUUCACGGUAUAUCAGUGUCAUGUCGAUGUUAAUGGCGAGUUGGCAUCGAUUUUGGAGCCGGGAAAGAAGUAUAUCAUAAGACUGGCGAGCGAGGAUCUCGGCGUGAAACGGUGGGCGUAUAGUGAUCGAAAGCAAUUCGUCGACAAUGAUUGGAAGCCAAGCCAUGAUUCUGAAGCAGUAAAGUUGGUCAACAGCAAACCCACUGCCGGUAACGCGACAUUCACGGUCGCAAAGAGCCUGUCCUGGCCACCGAGAAUAGAGACAAGGAUGCGUCUUUGCGCAUCUUCCCCAUCCUCUGAUUCCGCACUUGCCAACGCCAAGCUAAGCAGUAGCACUGCCUUGGAAGUCUCCGUCAUCAACACUGGUUCCGACUCCGUCACUGUGCAGACGCGGGGACAUCAGCGUUUCCUGAUUCCCUGGGGUCCCUUCCAACCCGAACCUGACGCUGACGACGAUCGCAUGAGAAUUAUCGACGCCACGCCCCACAAACCGCCGACAUCCAGUCUGCAGGUUGUCGAUUCUGCGACAGGGGAAGUGGUCCGGGGAAACGAACAGCGCGGCACAGGCCCGUUGACAGACUCUAACGCUGAUCGACGGCCAAAGGCGGAGGAUGUGGUGACGUUGAAGCCUGGAGCGCCGGUUAUUAGGAAAAUUGAUAUCGGAGCGCUGGUGGAUGGGUUGGUGGAUGGGCAGUACAAGAUUCGGAUGCAAUCAAGGGGUUGCCGGUGGUGGCAUGGGGAGGUUGGAAAGGAGGAAGGCGAGGAUGGGAGGGUGCCAGCGCAUUUAUGUGGGAUCGUCAUGACUCCUCUGAUGCUUGAGUCGCAGGAUGAGGUAGAGCUACGCAUAAAGAAUGGGAAGGUAGAUCAGAGCAUGUGA